AUGGCUUCAUAUGCAUACUUAUUCAAAUACAUUAUAAUAGGUGAUACAGGCGUGGGUAAAUCAUGUCUGCUGUUACAGUUCACGGACAAACGAUUUCAGCCAGUGCACGACUUGACCAUAGGCGUUGAAUUCGGUGCGCGUAUGGUGUCCAUCGAUAAUACGCAAGUGAAGCUACAAAUUUGGGAUACG